AUGCCUUCACUCUACACAGACGCACCAGUUCCUCCUAUCUUAUCUGAAAGGAUUUUGUUUACAAUAUCUAGCCUCCUUCGCUCACGUUACGAGAUGGAGAUGCCACCGUGGUGGGAAGAGACCACUCCCGUACUUACUCAGCUUGUCGACCUGGGCAUAAAGGUCUCUAAGUACCCUAGCGCUUUUGAAGUCUGGAGGAAACAUAAAGCCGUCGCUGAAUGCGUCCCCCAAAUCGAUCUUAUAUUCUCCACAAUCAAUGCCCAGCUCCUUCGGAGUGCUCGGGACGUCACGGCCAGUCGGUGUGGAUCGGGGCUACUGGCAUUGUUUCUAGGGUUGGUGGAUGGAUGGCUAAGGGCAUGUGAAGAGCAUGUGCAGGCCGAAUCGUCGCGAUAUUCAGUCGAUGCCUCCGAGUUUCGCAGAAUCUAUCAGCAGCUUGAUGCGAUUACCCGAUUACAUGUUGGAGGUGUUCGAAACAACUUCAACGACCUCAUCCGAUUCUUUGAUAUGUUGCAACAGAUUGAGGGAUGA